AUGCCGAAAGUCAUCAGUUUCACGCCUCCUUGGUUGUCCAGGCCUUCCCCAGGCGCCUCGCUCUUCUCCAGCACGUCUGCUAAGGGCCCGGAAUACGAUGCCGCAAAUGACCAGAAGAAUGUAGAAUAUAUGGGACCGACAAAAACACAGGCAAAGAGAGGCAAUGAAGUGUUUACGGUGGUCGACAACCAGAUCCGCUGGUCGAGUCUCACCAGAUUGAAGGAUGAAUGGCAGCAGCAAUCGCGGUCAAAGAAAGCUUCUGGAGAUCAAAAGCCAAGCACAAAUGGACAAGAGAAAAAUGCUGAGCAAGCUUCUUAUAGGGUCUUGACUGUGCCUGUCUACGCACAAAUCAGGCAGAUUAUCCCCUCUCCGAACGGCGCAUUUUUGGCGAUUGUAACCGACAAUACGGUCCACAUCUCAGUUAUCCCCGAUUCCUCGCACCUGUCUGGUACCGACAGCACACCCAUUCGCGUGAAGACAUACCAGCUCGGCCCUACGACCCAUGUCCUUCCCGAGGCCCCUGUGGUUUCUGCGCUAUGGCAUCCGCUUGGUCUGCACAGCAAUCUAGAGGGGUGUAUCGUAACGAUCACUGCAGACGCUGCGGUUCGCGUCUGGGAGCUUGAUCGGAACAACCACUGGUCGUUUGACCGGCCUACACUGGCAGUUGACCUGAGAAAAUUGGUGGAUGGAACCUCGUGCGAUGAAGAUUUCGCACCGUCCGGGUUUGGGAAAAGUAAGGGAUUUUCUGCCGAUGUCAUUGAUAUGGAGGUCGCGUCUGCUUCCUUCGGAGGGAACGGGAGUGAAAGAGAGGACGCUUGGGCACCCAUGACUUUGUGGGUUGCUAUGAAGCCGGGUGAUCUUUACGCCCUAUGUCCUUUACUUCCAUGCAAGUGGCAAGCACCGUCGACUACAAUUCCCUCACUGUCUGCUUCAAUUGUUCCGAAAUUGGCAGCGCUUGAGGAUGACCCCCUAGAUUACGAGGAGGAAUUGGUCGCUUGCCAACAGCAGUAUGAAUGGCUGGCAGAGAUUGACAACCAAGAGCCGCUGCGCACACUCCCUGAUUCCGAAAACAUGGCCGGGUCCGAAGUCCUCACGCGCCCCGCUAACCCAAGUGCGAUUCCAAGACUGCAAGGGCCGUUCCGCGUCGAUACUGGCGAUGAGCUGGACGAUUUGGACCUUUGCGAUUUGCUUGUCAUCCCCGCUAAGGUCGACAUGGAUGAUCUCAUGAUGGGUGAGGACGAUGAUCUAGUGAUAGAAGAUACCGGGGAGGAUAAACUGUCAGCCACCGUUAUUUGCCUCUCGACUGGAAGUGGCAGGAUCCAUAUUUGCCUGGAACUCGAUGGUGUUGGAGGGCAAUGGCUCCCCAAAGCUAGGAAGAAUGCUUUCAAGACGCCUCUUUCAGAGCCCGCUGAUCUAAUUUUGGUGGAAUCACUUGAUACGAUGAAGGGAGGAGGCCAGUCUCUGAACAACUGGCCCACUUUCACUAAGGAUGUCCAUUCGCGAUAUGGCUUCUUUGUCACCACUGCUAGCAAUGUGUUAUUCAUCUCUCUUGCUUCUUGGGUGCAGAGGCUCGAAGCGGAGUUGCAAUCCGAGGACACGUCUGGCUCAGCUUUCCGAUUGCAGAUUCUCUGUGAAGGCGCAGUAUCCGUCAGGGAGAGAAUUGUUCAAGUUGAUGAAGAUGAGGUUGUGUUGAAGAGCAAUCCUGAGCAUCUGGCAUCCUCUUUGGUUUAUUAUGAUUAUGACCUUGGCUAUUUGCUGCUGACUUACCAUGCGUCUCAUCCGUACGCCGCCGUCCUAGACGCGCCUGAAGUUGCCUUCCCCUCAGCGGUGGAUUUGCGAUCCUUGGACUUGGCUGGCCAGGCUCCCGGGUCCCCUGUGCUGCCCCCUCGUCGACCCCCAUACCAAGUUCCUGCCGUUCUGUACUCGGAUGCUCCUCUGGACUUCUUCGUCGACAAGCAUGUCCCACAUCGCCAGCGUCACACUCUCAAGGACCAAGUCCGACUUUCCCCCGCGACGCUAGACCUGGUCGCCGCUGCCCAUCGGAUGCUGUCCGCUCACACGAACGCUUUAGAGCGAGCCGCAUCGGAUUUGUUUCGCCGCUGCGAAAGAUUGCGGGGCGAAAUGCGUGAUCAAUUGAAGCAAUUGUCCGACGUUUCCGAGCGAGUCAAGGGGGUUUCCAGCGAAAUUGGUGAGGAUGGACAACGUAAGGCGGGCUCUCGGAGUGGCGAGGCAUUGGACAAGAGGUUACAAGCUGCCAAGGACAGACAGGAUCAGCUAGUGCAGCGAUAUGAAGCCCUGCGUAGCAAGCUUUUGAAAUCAGGUGGCCGGCCCAUGAGUGAAAAAGAGAAGUCAUGGGUUUCCGAAGUGCAAGUAUUGUCCGACUCAUUCGGCGACGCGAAGCAGGGCGAAGAGAAGGAUCAGAACCUAUCUCAAAGACUGGAAGCUGUCAAGGAAAUCGCAGCGGAUCUUCUGUCCGAGGCGAAAUCUGUAGGAGUCAAGUCCCCUUCAGCAGAGCCUGGCAGUCCGAUAUCUCCACCAAGUGGUCAGCCGAGAGUUCCACAGAGACUCCAGCGGGCCAAGAUAGCAGAUGCCAUGAAGAUGGUCGAACGAGAAUCUGCCGUUAUCGAAUCCAUCACCUCCCGAUUAGAACGACUGAACACGAGUCUAUGA